UUCCCCUCCCAGCCGACCUUCCUCCCUCCGAUCGGUGGACGGCGCAAACGUAGCGUGCAACCGAGUCUGCGCAGCCGACCCACGUGCAGACACUUCCUGGGAGGCGGGGGUGGCUUGAUCAACACACUAACGGAUCUGUUUUGACGGGGUUUUAUCCAACCAUGGACGAAUUACCCGCGGACCUCGGAGCAUUUCUUCUUAACCACCCCUUUCUUCAGCUCACAGACGGCAAAAAGGUCAGAUGCUCGCUGAACGGCCACGAGUUUCCCUGCAACCUGACGGAGCUGCAGAAGUUCACUCGGGGGAAGAAGUAUGAGAAGCUGAGUGCAGCGGCAGAGUUCAACUACAGCCAGUACGAGCCACACGUUGUGCCCAGCACAAAACAACCCAAUCAGCUCUUCUGCAAACUGACCCUCAGACAUCUCAACCGGCAGCCGCACCACGUCCUAAGACAUGUCAACGGGAAACGCUUCAAGAAGGCCCUCUCCAAAUACGAAGAAUGUGUGCAGCAGGGGAUUGAAUUCGUUCCAGCCCGACUCAAACAGAAAAAGCCCAAAGACAACAGAGAGGAGGUCAGUCGCGGGAGGGCCUCAAAACACGGGAGCAACAUGUGGGAACCCUCGUCCAGUGACGAGGAUUACAGUGACUCCGGAGACAGCAUGAGUGACCUCUAUCCUCCGUCUAUGUUCACCUUAAAAAACCCGGCAGAAGAAAGUAUGAAGGGCGACAAUGAGGAGGAGGAAGAUGACUUCCAAACAGAUGAAGACGAGGAAAUGGAGAUGGACCAGCAGGUGGUGCAGAAACGUAAAAAGGUCCAGGGCAGUGGUUUUCAGAAGAAAUUCAGAAAUAAUCGCUGGAAAUCAGGGUGCAAGAAACAUGGAAAAGUGCGAAGUGGAAAGUGAAAUG